GGUGUACAGAACGAGGGGCUGUAAAGUGACUGCAAGGAAUGAGUGUCCUGGACUUUUCCAUCAGAGGCGGACUGCACCCUCCUGGGGGUAGAUGGAGGUCCUAGUGUUACUUUUUAGGGACAAAGGGCAGAUUGUCUGGCUCAGUUUACCUUGUGUCUGACUGUGUAAUAGGAUUUCGGGGUCUGCGCUCUUACCUACACAGCAACAGGAUGAAGAAGCCUGACCUGAAGGUGGUACUCCUGGGGGAUAUGAAUGUGGGGAAAACUUCCCUGUUACACCGGUACAUGGAGAGAAAGUUUCAGGAAACCGUGAGCACAGUCGGAGGGGCUUUCUACCUCAAGCAAUGGGGUCCCUACAAUAUCUCCAUCUGGGACACUGCAGGUCGGGAGCGGUUUCAUGGCCUAGGGUCCAUGUACUGCAGGGCAGCUUCUGCAGUCAUCUUCACUUAUGAUGUUGCAUGCAUGCAGAGCCUAAUGGAGCUUGAAGAAAGAUUCCUGAGUCUGACGGACACAGUCAGUGAUGACUGCAUUUAUGCCGUAGUGGGGAACAAAAUUGACCUUACCGAUGGUGAAGGUGAUGCAGAUGAAGAAAUAACUCCCUCUGGCAAUUCCACCAAGAUUCGCAAACAGGUUCAUUUGGAAGAUGCUUUUGCCUUGUAUAAGAGAAUAAUAAAAACUAAAAUGUUAGAUGAAAAUAAUGUGCCGCCUGCGGAAAAAAUGUGCUUUGAGACUAGCGCAAAGACUGGGCACAAUGUUGACGCUCUAUUUGAAGGAGUUUUCAGCAUGGUUGUACCGUUCUUAAAAAAGAAAGGACCAGAGGAUACUGUCAACCUUGAACACAGCAAUCACCAGCUAGCAGGAAAGAAGGGUUGCUGUUAAAUAUCAAUUUUGUUUUUCUUCUUUUUUCAUCCCUCUUCUCAAAAAAGUUACUGUUGUGGUUUUCAAGUCAAUGAACUAUUGUUUGGAUAAUUCAAAAUUAGCAUUGCAAGGAACAGUAGACUUGUGGUUGAAGGUCAUUUGAGGUGAUAUUGAACUACCUACUGGCGGAGGGAUGUCUGCUAUCUGCUGAUUAGAGGAUAGCAAAUUAAUCCGUGAUGCUUAGAGCCUUCAGCUUGUGGCUGACAAGUUAACAAUCUGUGAUCAAUAUUGCAGAAGCCUUUGUGUCCAUGCAAGCUUAAUGUAGAAGAAAAGCAUACGCGUAAAGAGGAUGUUCAACUUUCUUGGUGGACAUGCAACAGGUCAUCAUUUGCUUGAUUGCCAACAGAAGAUAUAAUUUAGCAAACCCUAUGUUUGGGUAUCCUUGGUUAUAGAAUCCAUUAUUUUUUAUUAAUGGCCUCAGCCUUCGUUAUAGGCCCAAGUCUGUAAAGGUAUUGUGUGGGUGUUUGCACAGAGGUACAUGGCUUCGCUGCAGAUGCCUAGGAUGCCCUAUUAAGUUGCCUUAUAAUGACUUAUCACCUUUUCCACUGAUAAAGACUUAACAGAAACUGUAAUUCAUCUCAGUCAUAUUUUUAUAUAUGUGCAGGGAUCCACACCAUAAUUCUAAUUACAGAUGGAUAAAUUAUUAAACGUUAGUGAUACAUUUA